GUGGGCAGAGGGAUGUGGGCAGAGGAGAGUGGGCACACGAGGUGUGGGGGCAGGGCCAUGGGCUUCAGGAGGCUGGGCCUGGGGUGGACAUCGAAACAAAGGACAUGGCACAGAAGCACCGGGAGUGGGAACAAAUAUGGCCAUCAGGAGAGCUGGGCACAGUUAUCGAUGUAAACAUCUGGGAGAUAGAGGCGGGAACAGGCUGGGGGCAUUGGGUGUGGGGCAUACGCAGAGGCGUGGGCAGGUGUGUCAUCAUAGGGCAGGGCACUAGGCAUAGGGUGGGCAACAGGGGCACUGGGCACAAGAUAGGCUAGGGGAGUGCAAUGGGCAUGGAUGGGCAUAAAGGCAGAGCAGUGAGCGCAGGGGCACAAGACAUCGGGCGUGAGCACUGGAAGUGGGCACGAUGUAGGCAUAGAUGUGGAAGUGGGCAGAGGGCAUGGGUGUACACAGUGGGGAUGUGGGCUCACAGGACAUGGGCAUGGGAUAUGAGCACAAGGUGGGUGCCAGGUGGGAUGUCCCAUCUUGGCCCAGCCCCUACAGUCUCAGUGCCCGUAGAACUGCGGGCCCACCUGCAGGACGGUCGCCCAGAGCCCGAGUACCAGAUCCGUCUGUGCUUUGGCGAGGAGUACCCGGGCCCCCCGGACCAGCCCCAGGAGCGGCUCAUCAUGGCCCACGUGGAGCCGGUUUUUGCCCGAGCGCUCCUCCUGCACACGAAGCACCACAACCACAAUGCCCGGGGGCGAGGCCCCCGUCCCCACACCCCUGAUGGCAUCGCUCACUGAUGACGCACUGAGCCAGCCCUGAGCAGCCACUUCCUCCUCACACCUUCUAAAGUCAGCCCCACGGGAUGCAGAGCCCACCCAGCUCUGCCCAAACGGAGCCAGUGGACUUGGGCCGCCCCCCACCCCCACCGAGCACGGGCUUCAGCCUCUGAGCUGCGGAGGUGCAGCCCUGGAGCGCAGUGUGCAGUGGAUGGCCUCACAGCUGGCCCGGGGUGUCAGGCGGAAACCGAACUGGACCUGAGAUUCCAGAAACAGCAAUUAGAGCAGAAGAAAUAAGACUUCGUUUCUUUGUUGCGAGCCCAACACGCCUGUAACAGUUCAUCUAAAGCAGACCUUACCUGCGAUGGGUCCAUGAUAAGCUUUACUUAAAGCUGCAUUUACCUCGAAGGGGCUCUGAGUUUCCAGACUCUUCCUCCUACCUGGGUUUGGGGUGAGGGGAGGGGGGUCCCCAAAACAAAGGACUUGGCCUGACCCUGGGACUCUGGAUGCUAACCACUAGACCGCCAGCACCAGGAGACACUUUCUUUGGAGAAACUGAGUCAGUCCCCCAAGCAGAGCCCCGAGGCAGAAGCCGAAGUGGGAACUAGGAGGAGUCCAGCCCCUCCCCGAGCCCCAAACUCUACAAACUGUAUGUUGUAGGAAAUUCCUGAGAUUGGGGGGAGCCCCUCAACCAUGAGGGCAGCUGACCCUGCUUUGUCAGUAAGUCACUGUUUUCUGCCCCUUUUCUGAUUUCCGACUUGUUAGGGCUGCUUUUACAGAUGGCGUCAUAAUAAAUCUCUUUCGGUGAUA